GAAAUGUUCGGUGGUGAUUUUUUAACGGUUGGAAUACGGGUUCUGUAAAUAUCGAAUGACGAUGGGCAAUUAUUAAAAUAAGGGAAAAAUACAAUUUCGCUUUAAUUUCGGUGUGUGCAAAUUAAUUUAAAAGGUCAACGAAACAACAACAACAAAAUCUGUUUACAAAAAAAAAAGAAAUAAAUCAUUAAUAAAAAUAUUAACAAAAGAGAAAAAUAGCGAAUGUGUUAAUGGAUACAAAAGCAGUAAAUAAUUGCUUGUUGUAAAUUAAGAAUAAAAAAUAAAACAACUACAACAAUUGUUUAAAGUGGCCUUAGUAAAAUGUUUUAAAAGUAAAAAAAAAUCAUAAAAUUUAAUGUAAAAUACAUGUAAAGUAUUUUUUAAUUGUUUUCCAUUCAAUACACAUUUUUAUUAUAAAAGAACAUUGCAAUUGCACACACACAGUGGCAGCUAAAAUAAAUAAAUAAAUCACUUUAAACUUUUUUUCAUCUGUGAGAUGGUGAGACGGUGAUUGUGAGACCUGAAUAAGUUUAAACUGCAAGAGACAGAAACACGCACACAUUGUAAUUGUAUGAUCGAAAUCGUGAACAAAAUUCAUUGUGGAACAGAAAAUUUUUGCAAGUGAUGAAGUGAUGAUCAAAUCCAAAAUGGUUUAUACCCACAGUAAAACCGAUGACAUACUUUUAAAUAAUUUUCAAAUUAAGAAAAAACGUUAUAAAGUACUGCUCAACUAUGAUCAUAUUGUGUGGGAGCGUUUAGAUGUGAAACGCUGUCAAACAACAAAUGAUGGAAAUAAUGAAAAGAAAUCAUCAGCCUCAGCGGUUUCAAUAGCAACGACCCCAGCAACAGCUACAACAGCAGCCAUACAAAAAGAAGUCGAAUAUGAGAAAGAACAGCUCUCACAGAAAGCUGCCUAUGGUUGCCUAAGUAAUGUUUUGCAUUUACACGAUGUGAUCAGAGUCUCAAAGGGCACCACAAAAUCUGCCAGUAUACGAAAUGCGCACAAACCACUCGAGUCUGCCGAAGAAUUGCAAAAGCAACAAGUAACUACACCAACAGAACAAUAUUUAUCCAUUUACUAUGGAGAACGUAUUGUGGCUUCACCAACGGACUGCAAUCGUUGGCAUACACGACGCUUGACCUUGCACAACAAUGAUCCGUAUAUUGUGGCCAAAUGGUAUGAUCAUUUACAUAAGUUACUGCGCAAAGAUGACGCUAAACGUGUAAAACGUUUAUUAGUUUUCAUAAAUCCCUAUGGUGGUCGCAAAAUGGGUCUGCAAAUUUAUGAAAGGCACUGCAAGCAACUUAUACAGUUGUCAGGUAUAGAUGCUUCAUGUAUUAUUACCCAGCGGGCUAAUCAAAUACGAGACAUUUUGAUGACUCACGAUCUAACGCCAUACGAUGCAGUCUGCUGUGUUGGUGGCGAUGGUACGGUGGCAGAGAUGAUCAAUGGUUUGAUAGGCAGAGCAAUGAGAGAUCAAGGUUUAGAUUUACGUCAACCGGAAUACAUUCCAAAACCCGCUCUACCAGUGGGCAUAAUACCGGCUGGCAGUACAGACACCAUAGUUUAUAGUUUACAUGGCACAUCUGAUGCCCAAACAGCUGCAAUACAUUUAGUUUUGGGUCAACGUCGAGGUCUGGAUAUUUGUAGUGUCAGAAAUCGUGAUGGUAUCGUACGUUUCUGUACCAGCGUUAUGGGUUAUGGCUAUUUGGGCGAUGUAGCCGCUAAAAGUGAGAAAUACAGAUGGAUGGGUACAAAACGUUAUGAGUACACAGGAGUUAGAACAUUUCUUUUGAACCGCGGCUAUGAAGCCGAAAUACAUUUACUUUUAAAUGAUGAUGAAUUGGAUGCUACUUCAUCAACUACUACUAUUUCUCCCCCUUAUAAUGACAUUAUAUGUCAUGCCAAUUGUCAAAGGUGCAGAAGCGAUGCCUACACAUCUCCCGGUGACGAUAAUGAGAAACCAACCUCAUCUAAUUUAUCCAUAUAUGCCAGACAAACUAAUGAUGACAAUAAUACAAUGAAACCGAAACAAAAUCCCCUUGAAAUUGAUGAACAUUCCCGUAAUUUUGAUCGUAAUAUCUGUGAUAAAAACUAUACGAAACCCAUGGAAAAACAAACACAAAUUAAAGAUUUAAUCGAUAGCCAGGAGCCAAAUAUUAAACCUUGUUCUCCCAGUAGUUCAUCAUCGUCCAUUAAUAUGCAACAGCAACAAGAUCAACAACAGAAACAGCAGCCAGUUGAACAACUUGAAGAAAAUAAUGUUAUUGAAUCGUCAAGGGCUGACGCUAAAAAGUGGCGUGUUAUACGUGGAGAAUUUUUCAUGAUUACAGGAGCCAAUAUUACGUGUGCCUGCACACGCAGCCCAAAUGGUAUUUCCAGAUAUUGCCAUUUAGGCGAUGGCCACUUGGAUGUGGUGUUAGUACGUAAAACGAAUCUUUUCAAUAACAUACGUUUGGUGGUCAAUACAAUGGGUCGCAGUGGAGAUGUGCGCAAUUUACCAUUUGUUGAAGUUUAUCGCACACGUCAGUUUAUGUUUAAAACAAAAUCGAAUACUUGGCCACAUGAUUACAAUAGUGUUCGUGGAUCUUGCCAGCCAAUAAACGAAACUUAUGCCGAACAAGAAACUACAACGCCAGACAAACUAUAUUCAUCUUGGAAUUGUGAUGGAGAAGUUGUCAGUGAUUUGGAAAUAACCAUGACAUCUCAUCGUCAGCUAUUGGAUGUUUUUAUGCGAGGUCCCUAUAUUUAUAGUAAGCCUGCCAAAAAUAUGGCAAACAAGUCGGUAUUUUGUUGCUGUUGCAAUUCAUAAGCUGUAAUGGGAAAUUAUUGAAGGCGUUGCUUUUUUCGAAAUGUGGUUUUUGUGUGUGAUAUGUAGCUGUUAUUAUUUUCAAUUCAAAAUUUAAAACGGUUUUAAGCUGUUGUGUAUUUUUUUUAGAGACUAGAGCAACAAGAUAUUUUUGUAAAAAAUUUCCAUAAAGUUUAGUUAAGCAUUUUAUUAUUAUUACUAUUUUUUUUUUACUAUGUAUUUAUAAAUAUUCGUAAAUAUUAUAGGGGAUAUUGGUUUACUUUAUUGCAAACAAAUAUAUAUGUAUUAUGUAUGUUUAAUCGAUCUUAAAUUUAUACUCCUUUAAUUUCCAAUUGAAUCUUUAGUUUUAAACAUUCCCUUAUAAUUGAAAGUAUUAAUGUUUCGUUUCUAUAAAUUGCCAAUAGUUUUAAUUAGUUAAAUAAAUUAUAUAUUUGUAUGUAUGCUAAAAGAUGUGUGGUUUUUAUUAAUUUGGUAUUGAAAUUUAAAAAUCAAAUAAAUGUUUAUACUCGUAUAGAUAA